GGUUCCCGUCCCCAGCGCGGGAACCCGGUGCUCAAAUUCAUCCGCAACGUCCCGUGGGAAUUCGGGGACAUCGUCCCUGACUACGUCCUGGGCCAGAGCAGCUGCGCCCUCUUCCUCAGCCUCAGGUACCACCACCUGAACCCCGACUACAUCCACGAGCGGCUCCGGAGCCUGGGCCGGAGCUUCGGCCUGCAGGUGCUGCUGCUGCAGGUGGACGUGAGGGACCCCCACCAGGCUCUCAAGGACCUGGCCAAGGUUUGCCUCCUGACCGACUGCACCCUCCUGCUGGCCUGGAGGUAGCACCUGUCCCUGCUGUCCCCUGGUGUCCCCAAGUGUC